AUGGAAGAUCAAGGGGAACUGCAGGCGAUGCGAAAAUUAGAAACCAAAUUUAACAAAUAUCUAACCGUUAACGGAAGACAUUAUAGUUCGAAUGAAACAAAAUUAAGAAUGGCAAUAUUUGAAAGCAAUGAAUUGUUGACGGAGAAGAUAAACAAGCAAUAUAAAAAGGGCCUAGUUUCUUAUCGAACAGGCUUGAAUAAAUUGGCUGAUUUAACCGAUGAUGAAUUCAAAAAAUUGAAUGGACUUCUAUCGUCCAAUCAAACCUAUACACGUGGAAGAAGACAAACCAACCAGAUUCCGGCUGGAUAUUAUCAGUACAACAAGAAGGAAAAGUUGCCACGUUCAGUUGAUUGGAGAAAAAAAGGCUACCUUACACCUGUUCGAGAACAAGGAUUGUGCGGUAGUUGCUAUGCUUUUGCUUCACUUGCCGGACUUGAAGCUCAUUAUAGGAAGAAGACUAAAAAAACUGUCAUCUUAUCCCCACAAAAUGUCAUUGAUUGUACAUGGUAUCUUGGUAACAGUGGUUGUGAUGGUGGCCGUAUUACUCCGGUAUACGAAUAUGGAAGAUCGUAUGGUUUUGUAUCAGAAUCGAAAUAUCCAUAUGUUGGUGUUGUAAGUAACCAAUGUAAAUGGAACAAGCAAAACGUUCAAGCUACUGAUAAAGGUUCCAUUAGAAUAAUGGAUGGCGAUGAAGAAGCACUGAAGCAUGCUGUAGCUAAACGUGGACCUGUUGCUGUUGGAAUGACUGGCGAUCUACCAAGUUUCAAAUUUUAUAAGUCCGGUGUCUACGCUGAUAAUCAAUGUAUUGAACCAAGUCAUGCAGUAUUGAUUGUCGGAUAUGGUACGAGUAAAAAACGAGGAGAUUAUUGGAUUAUUAAAAAUAGUUGGGGAAAAGAUUGGGGAAUGAAAGGAUAUGGUUAUGUGGCACGAAAUAAAGGUAAUAUGUGUCAUAUUGCUACAAUGGGAGCAUUCCCACUACUAUAA